UUCCGAAACGUAAACCUUCUCAACAUCGAAACGACCCGUAGCGAGACAUUGAGAAUUAGUACUUUGCGGUUUUUGCUGAGGCAGGUCGGAUCGUCGAUAGAGGGAGAGGCCGAGAAAUUCAAAGCACUCCACUCGUCAAAGCAAUGGCCUUGGCCGCCGCCAUCUCUCUGCCUCUCGCUUCCCCUACUGGCCGCUCCCUCGCCUUUACCAACCCACUUCGAUCUUCUUCUCCCUCUUCCUCUGUUUUUCCAUUGAAAUUCCUUGCGAAAGAUAGCGCUCGCACAUGCCCUUGUUUUCGCAUUUCAGCGACUUCGUCCAUGAGCGCCCUAGCUCCCGAGAAAGCCUCGCCCCCGACUUCGUUUCUUGACCGAAGAGAGACUGGCUUCCUUCAUUUCGUCAAGUACCACGGCCUCGGCAACGACUUCAUCUUGGUGGAUAAUAGGGAUUCAUCGGAGCCAAGAAUCACUCCGGAACAAGCAGUGAAGUUGUGUGAUCGGAAUUUUGGGAUUGGUGCAGAUGGGGUGAUAUUCGCAAUGCCGGGUAUUAACGGCACUGAUUAUACCAUGAGGAUUUUUAAUUCUGAUGGUAGCGAGCCAGAGAUGUGUGGUAAUGGAGUGAGAUGCUUUGCCAAAUUCAUUUCCGAGCUUGAGGAUUUGCAGGGAAAGCAAAGCUUCACUGUAUACACAGGUGCUGGUCUAAUUGUUCCCGAAAUUCAAGAUGAUGGGAAGGUUAAAGUUGAUAUGGGAGAACCGAUACUUAAAGCAUCUGAUAUUCCUACAAGAUUACCUGCAAAUAAAGAUCAUUCUGUUGUUAAGGCAGAGCUGGAUGUAGAUGGUGUAACCUGGAACGUGACCUGUGUUAGUAUGGGAAAUCCUCACUGCGUAAUUUUUGGUAGAAAAGGAAGCCAGGAUUUGCAGGUUGAUGAAUUGAAGUUAGCUGAAAUUGGUCCAAAGUUUGAGCAUCAUGAGAUGUUCCCAGCACGAACUAAUACAGAAUUUGUGCAAGUCUUCUCUCGUUCGCACCUGAAAAUGCGUGUCUGGGAACGUGGGGCAGGAGCAACGCUAGCAUGUGGAACCGGAGCUUGUGCAAUCGUUGUUGCAGCAGUUCUUGAAGGUCGUGCUGGAAGGAACUGCACGGUUGAUCUACCUGGAGGGCCAUUGGAGAUUGAGUGGAGGGAGGAAGACAAUCAUGUGUACAUGACAGGCCCAGCUGAAGUAGUGUUUUAUGGAUCUGUACCCCUAUGAUGUGGUCUUAAUUAAAACAAACUUUUUAGAAUUAAAGAGUUUUCCCUCUAGAAGUUGGAUUUUCCUUUUGCUUUAUUUCUAGACUGGUAUGAACUUCGAACCCCGCGUGGUAGAGCGUUCUGUGCUAUUGUGUAUCGUCAGACUUGAUAAAUAAAGAAACAUUCUGUAUUUUUCGAUUUUGUGAGGUAUCAUGUUCCUUGGAAAUGCGUUUCAAAUAAAAUGUAUUAUAUUGUGGGAGAUGGUUCCUACUUGCUACAUACUGUGUAUUUGGAAAGACUAAUGAACUUUGGCAACCAUCAUGAUUUUUA